AUGAGUAGGAAAAGUUCUAAGAAAUUAAAAGUCUAUUACUUACCUGUAACACUAACCCAAUUUCAAAAGGACUUAUCAGAAAUUUUGAUAUCCCUGCAUGCCAAAUCAUUCAGAGCUAGCCUAGCAGGCGAAUCACAGGCAAAUGCCCUGAGCAAACCUUGUGGUUCGCCUGCUGACCCUGAAACACAUUCAUAUCCAAAACUAUCACAAAGGCAAUUAACCUAUAUUUUUGAUUCAAACAUAAGAGCGGUUGCCAACCAUCCUUCCCUCCUAGUGGACCAUUAUAUGCCUCGACAGCUUUUGAGAAUGGAACCCACGGAAAGCUCGAUUGCUGGAAGCCACAAGUUUCAAGUUCUCAAUCAGCUAAUUGAUUCGAUAUGCUUCAGAGAUAGAGAGGGCUCGCCAAAUGAAGUGAUAAAAUGUGCCAUCGUCGCACAUAGCAUAAAGGAAUUAGAUCUGUUAGAAGGGUUGGUAUUAGGCAAAAAGUUCAGAAUCAAGAGGCUUUCGGGUACAUCUCUUUAUAAUGAGAAACACAAAUUUCCUAAUUUAGCUACGGUGGAUUCCACAAUAAAUAAAGAUGGAACACCAAAUUCUUUAAGUAGCACAAGCUCCAAUUCCAAUUCGACUUCCUAUACGGGUUAUUCUAAAGACGACUACGACUACUCAGUGAAGAGAAACUUGAAGAAAAGAAAAGUAAAUACCGAUGAUUGGCUGUUUUUAGCAACUACGAAACAUCUCAAACAUGAUCAAUACCUGCUAGCCAACUACGAGAUAGAUAUGAUAAUUAGUUUUGACCCAAUGUUGGAAAUCGAAUUGCCCGCUUUGCAAGUGUUGAAGAAUAAUGCCAAUAAGGAUAUUCCAAUAAUAAAGCUAUUAGUGCAGAACUCUCCAGAUCACUACCUGUUAGAUUCUGAAAUCAAGAAUUCAAACACUAAUUUGUCCUAUUUGAACAAUAACGAUCAUAUCGAUAAUGGCCAAGAAUAUGAAGAAAUCAAAUGCUCUUUAUUAUAUUUUUUGCAAGCAAGAAAUGCUCAGGUAGAUAACUGUGACAUUGAUUUUAUUAAGCUGGUAAAAUGUUGUCUAGAGGGAAAGGAUUGUAAUAACUUCUUACCGCCUUUGGAUCUGAUCACGUUGGAUGAGGCUUCCAAAGAUUCGAGUGAUUCCGAGUUUUGGCGACCUCAAUUAACCAAAUUACAAUACUCCUCCACAGAAUUGCCUCUUUGGGACAGCCCGUUAGAUAUCAAGACCUAUCAAACGGAAUUAAUGCAUAGGGCGGUCAUAAGAUUACGAGAUAUACAGGAUGAGUAUACAAAAGGAAAUUCUCCUCUGUACGAAAAUCGAUUAAAGGAAAAUCAACGGCAGAACAAAUUGGACGAAAUAAAGAAUUCUGUUGGUCUUACAUUUAAGAAAAAACAAGAACUGGAAAAGUCUAUCAAUGAUUCUGAAAAAAGGUUUAAGCAUGCGAUGACAGAAUCUACCAAGCUAGAAAAUAAAAUAAAUGUCUUACUCAAAAAUAAGCAAGAACUAGAAAUUUUCACGAAAUUAUCCUACAAUACUAUUUCAUCAGAAAAUCAAUUGGAAAAAAAAUCUGCCUUAACAGCCAAGUUGGAUGAAUACGUAGAUAGAAAUGCAACCCUUUCUAAUAAGUUAAAAGAACUGGAACAAACAAAUGCGGAAAAAUCGAAGCUCAAUGACGAAUUGCGUUCCAAAUAUCAAGUAGAAUCUUCAAAAGCUGCGGAAUCAGCCCAAACCGUGAAAAAUUUGGAAGAGUCAAUGAAGUCUUUACAAAACGAAGUUAAUGGCCCAUUAACCAAAUUUUCCACGGAAAGUUUGAAGAAGGAAAUGGAAUUUUUACAAAAUGAUUUUCAGUCGCUUAAAGCAAGAAACAAAUUCUUGAAAAAUUACAUAAACUUAAUGAACCGACAGUACGACUUGAAAAACAAAAAUAACAUACAGGUGGAAAAAGCUGCCGGAACUGGUACACGCUUCAGGUCAACAAGAUCGAAUACCCCCAACUACACAUGA